AAUCUGGAAAAUGAGAGGGUACUUUUGUCUUUGGGCUUUUCUUUUAGGGUUCUGAAGAUCUGUGUUUUUGCUCCUUUUGCUCUCCUUCAUUUCUACUCUUCUAAGCACACUCAAUAUUUCGAGUUCCUUUCGGCUUCUUCUUCUUCUUCGUUCGAACGACUCAUCAUCUAUUGAUCCGAGAUUGGACUCGAGAGAUCUCCAACACUGAAGAACCCUCCGUCUUCUCCUGAUCUUCCCAAUGCCGAUCGACAAGAUCUUCAAAGAUGAUGCUAGUGAAGAGAAGGGAGAACGUGCGAGGAUGGCAUCAUUUAUUGGUGCAAUGGCUGUUGCUGAUCUGGUUAAGUCUACCUUAGGACCUAAGGGAAUGGAUAAAAUCUUACAAUCUACUGGUAGAGGUCAUGCAGUCAGUGUUACCAAUGAUGGUGCUACUAUUCUCAAGUCACUACAUAUUGACAACCCCGCAGCUAAAGUUCUUGUUGACAUCUCGAAAGUUCAAGAUGAUGAGGUUGGUGAUGGAACUACUUCUGUUGUUGUCUUGGCGGGGGAGCUUCUUAGAGAAGCAGAAAAGCUUGUUACGUCGAAGAUCCACCCGAUGACGAUCAUAGCAGGUUACAGAAUGGCUGCAGAAUGUGCCCGUGAUGCUUUACUGAAAAGAGUAAUUGAUAAUAAGGAGAACGCAGAGAAGUUCAAGUCAGACUUGAUGAAGAUUGCGAUGACUACGUUAUGCUCCAAAAUUCUCUCGCAAGACAAGGAACACUUUGCAGAAAUGGCCGUAGAUGCUGUUUUCAGGCUAAAGGGAAGCACAAACUUGGAAUCUAUUCAGAUCAUCAAAAAACCUGGAGGGUCCCUGAGGGAUUCCUUUUUGGAUGAAGGGUUUAUUCUUGACAAGAAGAUAGGAAUUGGGCAGCCAAAACGCAUAGAGAAUGCAAAGAUCUUGGUAGCAAAUACUGCAAUGGAUACUGAUAAAGUGAAAAUUUACGGUGCACGUGUACGUGUGGAUUCCAUGACCAAGGUUGCUGAGAUUGAAGGUGCUGAGAAGGAGAAGAUGAAAGACAAGGUGAAGAAGAUCCUAGACCACGGGAUCAACUGCUUUGUUAACAGGCAGCUUAUCUACAAUUUCCCCGAGGAACUCUUUGCGGAUGCUGGUGUACUUGCUAUUGAGCAUGCAGACUUCGAGGGAAUAGAGCGUCUUGGUCUGGUUACAGGUGGUGAAAUCGCUUCGACCUUUGACAACCCAGAGUCUGUUAAGCUUGGGCAUUGCAAGCUCAUCGAAGAAAUCAUGAUUGGAGAAGACAAGCUGAUCCAUUUCUCCGGUGUUGAGAUGGGUCAGGCUUGUUCAAUUGUCUUAAGGGGUGCUAGUCACCAUGUUCUGGACGAGGCUGAAAGAUCACUCCAUGAUGCCUUAUGUGUACUCUCCCAAACAAUCAACGACACUAGAGUGUUGCUUGGAGGCGGAUGGCCCGAGAUGGUGAUGGCAAAGGAAGUAGAUGAUCUUGCCCGUAAAACUGCUGGCAAAAAGUCUCAUGCCAUUGAAGCUUUUUCACGGGCUCUAGUAGCAAUACCGACAACAAUCGCUGACAAUGCUGGUUUAGACAGUGCAGAAUUGGUGGCUCAGCUUCGUGCAGAACACCACAGUGAAAGCAGUAACGCCGGGAUCGAUGUCAUCACUGGAGCUGUAGGAGAUAUGGAGGAGAGAGGAAUCUAUGAAGCAUUCAAAGUGAAGCAAGCGGUGCUACUUUCUGCUACAGAAGCAGCAGAGAUGAUACUGCGAGUGGAUGAGAUCAUUACAUGUGCUCCUAGGAGGAGAGAGGACAGGAUGUGAAACUGAAUACAUGCACGUGGUGGGAGCGAGAAUACAUGAUUACACGAUCACACCCUCCCCUGUGACGUCGAUGUCCAAUGUCAUUAGUUUUGUGUCUUCGAUUUGGAUCAGAAAACAACCUUUAGUGUUUAAUGUUUUGCUCCCUAAACUAAUCACUCUCGUUUUUUGAAGUCUUUUUUCGAAUAUUGUUUUUGAUUAUAAGCUCAGAGGUUUUGACGAAAUGUAAGCUCCAAGGAGUUUAUCUUGUCGUCUAUUUACUUUCAUCCUUUAUUUCUUCUCGAUCUCUAAGCCACCUGCAUCCGCCCGGUUUGAUCUGAAUUUCACUAAUAUUAAUUGGUUAUCUUAAUUA